CCUUAUAAUAAUAAUAAUAAUAAUAAUAGCCCGUGCUGUGUGAUACUCUGUACAGCUAUAGGUCCCAGUGCUGAUAGAGAAAUGCAUUGGUGCUGAUCAGGUGGUGUGAGUGUGAGUGAGUGUAUGUGUUAGUGUGAGUGAGUGUAAGUGAGUGUGGGGAUGUUGGGGUGCAUGAGGGAGCUGAGCUGUAGGGAGUGUUACUGGGAAGAAGUCAGUUGUCUGCCAUUAUUAUCCCUCCUGCUACUGCCCCUCCUUCUCCAUCUCUUCCAACUAUCUCUCCUCUCUCUCUCUUUCACUCUCUCUAAUGUGUCGCUCUCUUCUUGUCUUAUUCCCUCCUUUCUCUGUUCUCUCCUUGUACAUUUAGUACUGAGUCGGACUCCCAGUCUAUUAAAUCACCUCUUGUGUCUCCGACUUGCUCCACCUCCUCACUCGUCCCUCUCCUCCUCCUCCUCCUCCUCCUCCUCCUCUCUCUCUCUCUCCAUCCGUGCCCCUUGCCUCCUGCCUCUCUUCUCCCCUCCCCAGUUCUGCCCUUGUCCCCCUCCUUAUUUCCUCUUCUUCUCUCUCUCCUGGAUCCCUGGCAGUGGUGGAUGUGGAUGUGAUGAGUAGAGUGUGAUUUGGGGAAUAUGUGGGGGGAGACUCACCAAUGGUCCAGCAGAACAGGAUGGCCAGGACCCCGUCCAGCUCCACUCAGGAGAUCCAGAUGGAUGUGUUAGAGGGCCACAGCCUACAGGCCAAAUAUGCCAAGAGGAAAAGUCGGUUUAAGCGUUCGGACGGCAGCACCAGCUCCGACACCACCUCCAACAGCUUUGUGCGGCAGGGUUCUGCAGAGUCAUACACCAGUCGGCCAUCAGACUCGGACGUGUCUCUUGAGGAGGAUCGGGAAGCCUUGAGGAAGGAUGCAGAGAGACAUGCUUUGGCACAGCUGGAAAAAGCAAAGACAAAACCGGUGGCCUUUGCAGUUCGGACAAAUGUGGGAUACAGCCCUUCCCCCGGGGAUGAUGCGCCUGUGCAGGGAAUGUCCAUCCACUUUGAUCCCAAAGACUUCCUUCACAUCAAAGAGAAAUAUAACAAUGACUGGUGGAUUGGGCGUGCUGUUCGAGAAGGCUGUGAGGUUGGAUUUAUCCCUAGUCCUGUGAAGUUAGAGCACAUGAGACUUCUUCAGGAACAGAAGAUGCGACAGAGCCGACUAAGCUCAAGUAAAUCCAUCGGUAAUUCCAACAGUUUAGGUGAUGUGGUUAGUGGGACCCGCAGACCUACACCUCCAGCUACAGGUCCUCUGGACUCCCCGUUAGUUUAUGAUAUAGAUCACGUUGAUUUAGAGUAUGAGGACACAGAAGCUCAAGGGGCUCAGCGCUCCCCCCUCAACAGCACGGGGAGCGUAACCACCCCUCCAUCCACUACCAAACGGGCCCCUUUCUUUAAGAAGACGGAGCACAUCCCCCCCUAUGAUGUUGUUCCAUCCAUGAGGCCGAUCAUUCUAGUGGGACCAUCAUUAAAGGGAUACGAGGUCACAGAUAUGAUGCAGAAAGCUUUGUUUGAUUUCUUGAAGCACCGAUUUGACGGGAGGAUUUCCAUUACUCGGGUUACUGCUGACAUUUCUUUGGCCAAACGCUCAGUCCUGAACAACCCAAGCAAACACAAUAUAAUGGAGAGGUCCAACACACGCUCCAGUCUUGCUGAGGUACAGAGUGAGAUUGAGCGCAUCUUUGAGCUGGCUCGAACCCUGCAGCUGGUCGCCUUGGACGCGGACACCAUCAACCACCCGGCUCAACUUGCUAAGACCUCCUUGGCACCAAUUAUUGUCUACAUUAAGAUUGCUUCUCCAAAGGUUUUACACCGGCUGAUAAAAUCCAGAGGAAAGUCCCAGGCAAAGCAUUUGAAUGUACAGAUGGUGGCAGCUGAUAAACUGGCACAGUGCCCUCCGGAAAUGUUUGACAUCAUUCUGGAUGAGAACCAACUAGAGGACGCAUGUGAACACCUGGCAGAGUACCUGGAAGCCUACUGGAAGGCCACUCAUCCACCCAGCAUCAACCCACCCAAUCCACUUCUUAACCGUACCCUUGCCACUGCAGCCCUGGCCUCCAGCCCCGCUCCUGUCUCCAACCUCCAGGGGUCCUACUUGGUACACGGGGAGCUGAGGCCGGAUGAAGCUGACCAGAUGGGCAUGUACGAGGGGCAACUACGGAGAGGUCAGAUGGGCUCUCGCAUCCUUUCCCGGCAUGACACACUGGAGUCGGAAACACAGGGCAGUCGGGACUCUGCCUACACAGAGCCAGGCGAUUCCUGUAUGGACAUAGAGACUGACCCUUACGAGGACCCAGAGCCCAAGAGCCAAGGAGGAGAAGCCAGGAGGCUUCAGCGUCAGGGUUCUUGGGAGGAGCUGGGUCCAGAUCAAGAGAACCUACUGCAGAGGAGAAGGAGGGAAUCUCCAAGGUCGCAGGGGAAAGGCAGGGAGCAGUACUGGCAUGAGGGUGAUGGCAGGAACAGGGGUCAGCUGGACAGCUGGGGGAGAGAUGUUUGUAUCCGUUAGGCCUGGGCAUGAAGUCAACAUAUAACUCACACACACACUUCCCUUAACAUUCAACUAGCCUCCUCAACCUACUGUACACGUCUAUUUCCCUCAUCAUUCCGGCCAUCUUGCAUUACAUGUACCCAAGAAGUUCCUCAUUACACCUCAGGGCUCUUCCGUGUAGCCAUUUCACUUUCACCUGGUUCUCUUGAACCCUCACUGCCCUGCGAUCUACUGACAUUCCUACUGCUCCUCUGGAGACUGAUCCUGUCUGCUGCACUGCUCAAUGUCAGCCUGUGACUCUGUCUCUCGUUGCACUAUCAAUGCUACUCACUUUGCACCAACACUGCCCUCUUACAAAGUAACUGCACUGACUGCCCUUGGACACGACUCUGCACUGACUUCUCUUCAUUCUCUUCCCUUUGUCCAUUUGCCACUUCUCUUUGGUCCACUAAUGGUGCCGUGGAAUCCAGUUCCUGUCCCAUGUCUACAGGCCUACUGAUUGUACGGACAUUACUUUCUCAUCCCCCCAUCCUUAUCCUCAGCCCACUCUUGUACAACACACACUGCCCGGCAUUUGCACAACACUGUCCUCUUGAGAACCCAGUGUCUUGUAGACCCCUCUUUGCACUACCCUCUCAGCUCCCUAAUUUAGAGAAGAGGAACCAGCCCUGAGCCCUUCUCAGCCACCUUGCAAGUUCCUCCUGCACCCCUUAUACAAACGUGAACCUGGUCUCCUGCAGCCUGACCUCUUGGGGGUUAUGAGAUCCCACCACUCCACUCAACAACGUGCCAUAAACCCAACUGCUGGAGAGAAGAAUGCAUCCUGUGAAUGUAUUACCCACUUUGUGCCAGAAGGGACAGCCUCUCUUAGAGCUGACGGGUAACCCACAUAUCUGGAGACGUUGCUCCCCACUAUCAGCAGUUGCCAGAUGCCUGAUGUAUACACGUGCCUGCAUAUGUCCAUAUUUGUUUUGCCUGCGGUUCCUUUCGACUUUCAUCAUAACGAUACCUGCUUGGUUUGUGUUCCCCCGAUUUGUACCGACCAAAAGGGUUUGGCACUGAGUAUUCCCAGCACAAGCGUUUUCCAAAAGGACCAGGAUUGUCGUUUUUCAUUGUGAGUUAACGUUUUCCUUUUGGACUUGUUUGUGGUAGAACCUUCAGAGGCCUCCGCUCAUAUUGGUGCCGGCUCAGAACUUACUGCCAGUAAGAUAUAUACAUAUAUAUAGGUGCCCAAAAUGUGUGUAUUCCUUCCUUCCUCGGAUAUCUCUUGAUCUACAGUACUUUAUGUGAAUAUAGAUAUUUAUAAACACAAAUCCAAUGUAUCCAUUGUAUAAACACGCCUCUUCAAAGAUUUAUACAUGAAAUUACACAUAUUUAUACAGCCAUAAUUAAAACCUACUCACAUACUUAUAUAUGUGUGUGUAUAUAUACAAGACUACUUAUUUCUUCUAGUUGUCAAGAUAUUAGCACUUUUUAAACCGCUAAUAUUAUGAAUUUUAAACAACGGCGCCACCUCCUGGAGGACUGUAUUUUGGAGGACUGUACUGUCAUUUAGUGAGAAAAUCAACGUCUUGUUAUGCUGCUCUUAGAAAAUGAAGUUCUAAGUUCUAAGCCGAGCAACAUCACAAUAUGUUAUUUUAUUCUUAUAUUAACACAUAUUGAUAAAGCACCAACAUAUUACACUGAUUAACAUACAGACAACAGUAAAAAAAAAAAACAAGAACUUAAAGAGGACCCUGUCUUUGUCACAAAUGAAUUUUCAGCCGACAGUUGCUACAGUCAGCCGAAAUGAACAGCAGGCGGCGCUAUUGUCCCAAAUUCAUGAAAUUAUCUAAUAUCUUUAAAACUAUAAAAAAAAAAUUUAAAAAAUGAUAGUUUAGCCGGUAAGACAGUUGUUCUGGUUCUGCAGAGUCGCUGGUGUACAACUGGGUCCUGUUUAACAGAGAAAAAGUAAACAGUUUCCUCUCCUUUUUUACUCUGUGCCCUGGUGGUUCCGACUCAUGAAACAAUGUAGCAGAAGCCAGCGGAUUAACAGUCCUGGGAAGAAGCAAGGCUGACAUUCUACAAUGUUUCAAAAAACAGAACCAGCAGUGUUGGGCAGUGGCGUAACUAGUUGUUACUGGGCCCCAUAGCAAAUUCAAUUUAGGGCCCCAAAAUAUUUAUAAGUUGGCCUAUUUUACCAAGAUAUAUUAAAAUUGCUAAUUAAUUAGGGUCUCACUGGGCCCCCUACACUCCUGGGCCCCCCUGCAACCACAGGGUCUGCUUCCUCUAUAGUUACGCCCCUGGUGUUGGGCGGAGUUCCCCUUUAAAAGUUGAGUGCCAUAGGCUGACCAUAAUAAAUGCACAUCUUUAUACAGAGGAGAUAUAGCUGAGUAUUUUGUUUGACACGAGAGGGCGCUCAACCUCCGAUCAUUGUAUUCUCAGCACAUUGUAUCACUAAGAUGUUUAUUGAGGCUUCAGAGCUCCCCUAGUGGCCAAUACAUUUGUAUUCCAGUAACUGCUGAUCAGUUAAUGAGUAUGGCAGCUCCCAUUCUCAUGCACAGGGCAACGACACACUAGAAUUUAAAAUGCUGAGAGAGGACCCAGCAAAUGAGGGGUCCAAUCAACUUGCAGAACUCCCUGUUGUUAGUGGAACGACCCUCCUGAAUGUGUUUUGAGCCCCCUACUUGUAGCAGCAGAUCAAACAAAGCCUUAGAUGUGAGUGUAAGUGAUAGGAAAUGUCAUAUCCUCCAGGACAAGGAUACUUUAAUAUUGGUAUUUAAUGAUGGAUUUCGCUAGGCCGCCCCAAUAAAGUAAAGAACCCUCCAGUGCCAAAUCCCUCCCAGUACAGCAGUGGUUAUUGUUAUUACCCCGAUGUACAAACCAAGCUGCCUCAUGCAUGACAUAUUAGCGCCACGUUAUUACGCGUUGUCGCCGGGGGCGGGUCCGUCCUUGAACCCCUUUAUCGCCGAACAUAGACGCACUGACCGCGUUAAAGGGUUUAAUAGGCCGGCUCCGCCCUCCAAGGGCCACGGAUUUCUUGCGUGCGUUUCUCGGCCUCCACUUUGGAAAUUGCUUUUCUCUUUUAAUUGUUAUUCAUGAGAAUAAAAGACAUUUUCAGAUA